AAAGGUAGUUUUUUCUAACAAUAUAUGUAUGUAUAAAAUUGACGUGUCAAAAGUUUUAAAUAAAAAUAAUCAAAUAAGAUUUUUUUCGGAAAAUUAUUUUUUAAAUAUGUCUAUCGAAUAUUUAAAUAAACCGGACCAGUCAGAAAGUGAUAAAAAGGAUUAUAGGCUUAUUCGGUUAUCAAAUGGUAUAAAAAUUCUUCUGGUGUCCGAUCCAUCUCCCGUACCAGAAUGCGACACAAGUGAUUCAUCUGAUUCGAAUUCAAGCGAAGAUUCUUUAGAUGAAAGCGAAGAAGAAAUGUCAAUAAAUUCCACGUCAACUGAAAGCGAACAGUCUGAUGAGGAUGACGAUUCUGACGAUGAAGGUGACGAAAGACUGGCAGCUUGUGCCCUCAUGGUUGACGUUGGCUCGUUCUCAGAUCCUCGACAUAUACAGGGCUUGUCCCAUUUUUUGGAACACAUGAUUUUUAUGGGAUCAGAAGCAUUUCCAGAAGAAAAUGCGUACGAUUCGCAUAUAAAGAAAUGUGGUGGCUUCGAUAACGCUGAUACUGAUUGUGAAGAAACCUCCUUUUAUUUUGAAGUACCCGAUGAACAUUUGGAAAGUUCUAUCGAGAGGUUUGUUUCCUUAUUUGAAGCGCCUUUAAUGAAAAAGGAAGCAAUUACAAGAGAAAGAGAUGCUGUUGAAUCGGAAUUCCAGCAAUCGCUGCAGGAUGAUGAGCAAAGACGAAGUCAAAUCUUAGCGAGUGAAAUGGGAAAUUCAAGUCAUCCUUGCAGUAUAUUUACUUGGGGAAACUCAAAAACACUUAAAGAUGAUAUUGAUGAAGAAAAAUUGUUUGAAGAGCUUCAUGACUACAGAAAACGUCAUUACAGCGCCCACAGAAUGUAUUGCUGCAUCCAAGCCAGAUUACCUUUGGAUGAGUUAGAGCGCAUGGCGUCCAAAUAUUUUUCCAAGAUUCACAAUAAUAAUCUUUCUGGUACUUACAAUGGUACUUUUAAUGAAAAGAACGCUUUUAAAAAUGAAUUUUACGAAAAUGUGAUAUUCAUUAAACCAGUUUCAAACAUUAUUAGGAUUGAUUUUACGUGGUGCUUACCACCUCUUAUUGAGGAAUAUAAAACGAAACCUCACCACUACUUGGCUUAUCUAUUUGGUUACGAAGGAGUCGGAAGUUUAUGUGCUUAUUUACGCAAAAAGUUAUGGGCUUUAGAAAUGAUAGCUGGUGUUGACGAUUCAGGAUUUGAAUUUAAUUCCAUGUACUCUUUGUUUAAUGUUUGUAUUUCUUUAACAGAAAACGGAUUCGAAAAUAUAGAAAAAGUAUUAUCUGCUAUGUAUUCUUACAUUAAACUUAUUGCGAAUGUUGGAUGUAGCAGAAACCUUUUCAAAGAAUUAAAAACUAUUGAGGAAAUUGAUUUCCGUUAUCAAACAGAGAGGUGCGCUUUUGAUAAUGUACAAGACUUGGUUAUAAAUAUGAAAUAUUAUUCUGCAAAAGAUAUAUUAACUGGUCCAAAUUUAUACUUUGAAUAUAAUGAAAAUUCUAUCAAUAAACUAAUAGAAUUAAUUUCAACUAGUAAAUUUAAUAUAACUGUAACAUCCUAUUUAAAAUAUGAUGGAAUUUGUUAUGAUAAAUGUGAAAAGUGGUUUGGAACAGAAUAUUGCAGUAUGAAAAUGCCUCAAUCGUGGAUUGAUUUAUAUGAUAAUGCUCCGAUUAUGUCUGAAUUACAUUUUCCAUUGCCGAACCAAUUUAUAUCAACAGAUUUUCGCAUAUUUUGGAAAGAAAUGAAUUGUCCAAACUUAUCAGUUUAUCCAAAAAAAAUAGUGCAUUCCGAUACUUGCGAGCUUUGGUUUCGACAAGAUAAUAAAUUUCUUCUACCAGAAGCCUAUAUGUAUUUUUAUUUUAUAACACCUUUAGUUUUGCAGAAUAGUAAAAAUGCUGUUUUAUUAACACUAUAUAGUCACAUUGUUAAAUUUGAAUUGGUGGAACAAUUGUAUCCAGCUACUAUUGCGAGUCUAAAUUAUCAAUAUUAUUGCUCAGAUAAAGGCAUAGUACUAAAGGUAAGUGGAUAUAACGAAAAACUUCACCUGAUUGUAGACAUCAUAACAAAAACUAUGUCAAAUAUUAACGAAUACUUCACCUUGGAACAGUUGAAUGUAUACAAGAAGUAUCAACAGAAAAACUAUUUCAAUUUUUUGAUGAAACCUAAAAGUUUGAAUAAAGAUAUAAGGUUAAAAAUUUUGGAAAAAAUUCGUUGGUCAGUUCAUGAAAAAUACAACUUAAUUGAAAGUAUAUCUUUAGAGGAUAUUAAGGAAUUUGCUUCGAAUUUGUUUAAAGAAAUGAAAAUACAAGCACUUAUUCAAGGAAAUUUAAAGGAAGAAGCAGCUCAUAAUGUAAUGAAUUCCGUGCUUACAAAUUUAAAGUGUUCAAAAAUUCAAAACAUUAAACAAAUAGAGUCUUUGACUUGUCAAUUACCAAUAGGAUCAAAUUAUGUUAUUUGCAAUGCAGUUAAUAAUAAUGAUUGUAACACAGUCGUAACAAAUUUUUAUCAAAUGGGCCCUUGCACUUUAAAAUUAGAGUGUUUAUUAGACCUAUUAUUAAUGCUGGUAGAAGAACCACUCUUUGACAUUUUGCGAACAAAAGAACAAUUGGGAUACGAUAUUUCAGCCACAGUUCGCAAUAAUUCUGGCAUAUUAGGAUAUUCAAUAACAGUUAAUUCUCAGGAAAACAAAUUUUCUUGUUCUUUUGUACAAACAAGAAUUGAAACGUUUCGAGUUAAAAUGAUGACAAUUUUGGAAGACAUGGAAGAUGAAGAAUUUGAACAUGUUAAACAAUCUUUAAUAAAAACAAAACAAGUUUCGGAUACCGAAUUGAAAGAUGAAGUUUCUCGUAAUUGGAGUGAAAUUACUUCUGAAGAAUAUAUUUUUGAUCGUUUAAAGCAAGAAAUUGAAUGCCUUCGAAAUAUUACAAAGCAAGAUAUUAUCAAUUUCUGCUUAAACUAUGAGAAAAAUAACCUACGUAAAUUAUCAGUACAGGUUAUUGGAAGUACGUCGUCAAACGCAGUUUCCGAAAAUGAAAUUGAAGCAAUAGACAACAGAAUCGAAUUAAAAUUGAUCAAGAAUGAAAGUUCAACUAUUUUCGAUAUUGAAGAUUUUAAGAAGAAUUUAAACGUAUAUCCAGUAACAAAAACUUUAAUUGAUUUUCCAAAUUAGUUCUUUAUAAGUAAUCAUUAAAAUUUUCUUCUUCUAAUUGAUCAUCAGCAUAGGCUACCGGCUUAUUCUCAACUCCUUCCUCGUCGUCAGAGCUUUCAUUCCCAGGAUGCUUAAGGUACACCUCACUGACAUUUGAAUUCGGAUACUAAA